AUGCAUCGAACACUCCUACGCCGAGCAGUAACGUCAUGCGUGUCUCACUCUUCGCCAAGGCAGCAGCAUGGAAGUCAUGCCUAUAAGACCCCGCAGGCCAGCCUCGGCCGCUGCAGCGAAAGCAAGAGGGACGGUGGAACGCAACACCAGCGCACCACUCACCACGCAUACUUGAUCCCUAGUCAUUCGUCGACGGCUCUGCAUGACAUGCCGCAGCGCCUAGCGGAAUGUUUGCCGUGCACCGAGGCGAAUCCCGAGGCGAAUCCCGAGGCGGACGGCGACUCCGGACCGGCUCCCGAACGCAAGCCGGCCCAAGUGUGCUUCCUCUCGCUCCCGACAGAGCUUCAUCUAGUCAUUGCCGAACUCCUCAUCUAUCCCGAUGCGCUGUCGCUCAAGCACACGAACCGUCACUUCUACGGCCUCGUCGACACGGGCAUCGAGCUCAAGGUGGACUGGCUCAUGGAGCGGCGCCGGAUGCACCUCGAGUGUCCCAACGACAAGCGCUGCGAUUUGGGGAGCGACCUCCGCUUCUGCCGGGGCAGCGUACCGUACCAUGCACCCAGCCCCGUCCUCGUCGUCCCCUUCCGUCCUUGCAUGCUGACGGCCGCAGCCUGCUGA